AAAUCAAUCAAGUCGCUCUCCACGUUCGCUCAGUUGGCUGUGCUGGGAAACCUCCCACAGCUGUCCGAGUGCCCGCUGCGUAGACCGGUGACGUCAGGCGCAGACCCCUGCUGCUGUGCAGGCGGUGAAAACGCACCCACUACCUACGUGCCUGUGCUUUCUCAGAACGACGUAGUGACGGCAAAGAUGGCGGUUUCCUUUCUGCGGGUAGGACGAGCUGGGGCUCUCAAGUGGGUGUCACUGGAGACCUUGGGACUCAGAGGGACGGCACCAUCUGCAACUCUUUGCACAAAACUAGUGGAACCCCAGAAAAGUGGGAAAAAGAAUGUAGUGGCACCAGAAGAGAGAGCAACACUGCUAUCCAGCAGGACUACUGUAGAGUUUCCUAAAAAAGUGUCUCUUCCUAUGUCCCAACAAGCAACAAUAAAUGUGGGGAAAGAGGAAACCAUAGAUGGUUCUAAUCCUACUGAAGCCUUAAUAAAAGGAGAUGAACUCUUGACCAAGAAAACAUCUGUGGAAUCUAAGGUCUCAUCUGCAUUUACUGCUGAAGUGCCGGAGGAGAUUGGCAGCUUUAAUGAAAGGGCACAGCUUUUAAACUACAGAUCUUAUGUAGAAUUCCCAAAACGGGACCAAUGGCUGCUCUUUGAUAGCAGUAAAAUGGCAUCAGAAAGCACAGCUGCUGCUUCUAAGGAUAAAGUGAAUUAUGAUGGGUCAUCUUCCUCUUCUAGUUUAGAUUCAAGCUCUGACUCUGAUUCAGACUCAAAUUCUGACAAUGAAGACACUGUAGAUAUAACGUUGAAGAUGAGAGUUGAGUUUCCAAAACGGGAGCCUUUUAUUCAAAGCCAAGCAGAUGUUGGUGGAAAAGUGGAUGCAAUGCCAACAGAAAAUCCCGUUGAAGCUGCAGUUAAGCUAAAUAAUCUGAUCGCAGCAGCAAUACCUGGGAAAGACAAGGAUUUUAAUAUUGUAACUCAGAAAAAAACAGUGGUUAGUGUUAGUGAUCUAGAGAUCCCUAAAUCUAGUCCUGUCGAGCUAGGACCAGCAGAGCACCCAGAUUCAGUGGUUGAGAAUACCGAGUUACCUUCACCGGUUGAGAUUACUGAGCUACCUUCAGAAAUUACACAUCAGCCUGUUCUCAGAGGGAAGGAACCUGAACUCCAAAAGAGGGCACAAAGUGAAGCAGUUUCUGCCAUCCCUGAAGUUACCAAAGAUUCCAUUGAGGGUAAAGUAAAUGGAAGUGCAACAGAUGAUUCCUUUCCUGAAACAGCAACUCUGGGAGAGGCACUGGAUACACUACAGGAAGCAGCUGCACUCUCAGUUGAAAAGUCUGCCGAACCGGAGUUUGACAUCUCUACUUAUAAGAAUCUCCAGCACCACAACUACACCACAUACACCUUUGCAGACUAUGAUACUGAGAUGACCAAAUACAGGCUGCCACAGCCCAGCUCAGGCAGACCCUCGCCCAGACACUAGGUGCAACUUCUGCAGUUUAUAUAAAAACACAAAUGUAUGUAAUCUAACAGCAGUACUCUGUUUAAUUGUAGAUUAUGAGAAAAUAAAACAAAUUCAUGCAA